UUCCCUUUUACAUGAAAAGAAAACAGCAUUCACUCUUCAACUCUCUCUUCCUGUUUCCAUCACUUUUCCAAGAAAAGAACUCUUCAAGAUCAAGUCUUUGCCUUUGUUUUUUUUGGCCUUUAAUACUUCUCAUAUCUCUCUCUUUCUCUCUAUUUCAUGUCUCUUUUUUUCCCUCUUUAGAAAUUUCAAACCAAAGGCCAAAACUUUAAGAGGCUCUAAUUUGCAUGGCAAUCAUUUAGUAUCAUAUUCUUUAGUAUCUUCAAAUUGUACACUAAACUUUAUUUCCUCUCUUGGAUCUUCUUCUUCUUCUUCUUCUUCUUCAAUUUCUUCUCUUUUUUGACUGAUAAAGUACUUAAUUUUUUCCAUUCCCAAGAAAAUAUUCAACAGACAUACUUCAAAGUACAAAAGGGUAAAUAUCUCCAUUUUCUUAUACAGCUUUAGAUCUGUAAAAAAAAUUGUCCCCUCCCAACAAAGCCCUUUUCUUGGUUUUUAGUACUAUGAUUCUUAGCUUUAAUUGAAACUACUAGGUAUCAAAUACUAUCAUUCAUUCAUUAAUUUCUUUUUUUGUUUUUUGUGGGACAAAAUUUUCUUGAAAAAAAAAAUUAUGAUUAGGCAAAAUUUGAAUGGACAACAACAAUGCAUCAAUAAGGUGAGAAAAAGGGGUGGAUCAUCAUCAUCUUCAUCUUCAUUAGUACAAAGUUAUAGAUUAAAAAGGGCAGUUUUGGUUGGUAAAAGAGGAACAAGUAAUAGUACAACACCAGUACCAUUGUGGAAAAUGAAUAAUUCAAGAUCACCAUCAUUGCAAAAUGAUAUUGGAAAUAGUAGUAAGUUUUUCAAGAAUCUGCAACAACAAACAGCAAAAGCAAUUGGUAAUGAAAAAGGGAAUAUUUGUAAUAAAGAUUUGUCAGUUUCAGCAAGGAAACUUGGUGCUACUUUGUGGGAAAUUAAUGGAGUUCUUCCUACAUCUAAAAAGGAAGAGAAUUUGAAGUCAUCAUCAUCAAAAUUUGAUUGUGUUGCUUUGCAAUUAUCUGAUCCUUCUCAUCAUAGCCCAGUUUCUGAGAGAAUGGAGAGAUCUAAAGUCGGCAGUCAUAGAAGAAGAACUUCAAUUGGCUCACAGAAAAUUCUGCAGGCUGAUUUCUCUCUCCAAAAUGGUGGCUUGAUUGAGGUUGAUCAGGCACAAAAUUGUGGUUCGAGUAUAAACAGACAUCGGUUAAAGGAUGUCAAGAAUGGCCUCUCCGCGUCUAAGGAGCUGCUGAAAGUUUUGCAUCGCGUGUGGGGUCUUGAAGAGCAUCAAUCGACGUGUCUAUCUCUUUUCUCGGCUAUGAAAGCUGAGCUUGAUCGGGCGUGUAUUCAGAUGACUAAAUUGAUUCACGAAGAACGAUAUAAUAACCAUGGUGAAGUUGAUGUCCUGUUGAAGCAGUUUGAAGAAGAAAAGGCAGCUUGGAAGUUAAAAGAGCAAGACAAGAUUCACGCGGCCCUUAGAUCUAUAGCCACGGAGCUCAAGGUAGAGAAGAAGUUGAGGAAGCAAACCGAGAGACUAAAUAAGAAGCUCGGUAAGGAAUUGGCUGAUACGAAAACCUCUUUGUCAAAAGCAGCGAAGGAGCUUCAAGGCGAGAAGAGGGCAAGAGAGAUAUUGGAGCAAGUGUGUAACGAAUUAGCUAGAGGAAUCGGGGAAGAUAGAGCCGAGGUAGAGGAGUUGAAGAGACAAUCAGCUAAAGUUCGUGAAGAGGUGGAGAAGGAAAGAGAAAUGCUUCAAUUUGCUGAUGUUUUACGUGAGGAAAGAGUUCAAAUGAAAUUAUCGGAAGCCAAGUAUCAAUUCGAGGAGAAAAAUGCUGUUGUUGAUAAGCUGAGGAACGAGCUCGAGGCCUAUUUGAGAUCAAAAAAGGGACAAGAACAAGGUGGUGAAUCUCCUAGUUAUGAAAGAAUCAAGGAACUCGAGAGGCAUUUGAGAGAAACGCUUCCAAGCACGUGUUAUUACCAAGAUAAAGAGAAGGAAAAUGAGAAAGUACUUGAUAAAGAUGACGAUGAUGAUGAAGACGACGACGAUGAUGAUGAAGACGACAGCGAUCUUCAUUCAAUAGAACUAAACAUGGACGAUAACACGAAAAGCUAUCAAUGGUGUAGUGCUCUUCAGAACAAUCCAAGGAGAUCAUCGGUUUCUGACAAAAGCAAAGGGAGGAGGUCCAUCUCGGAUAAAUUCCCAAGACAGAAUAUUUCCAUAGAGAGGGAAACAUCAGAUGGCAUAGAAUGGGAAUUCUCCGCGGGGGGAGGGAAAGAGAACGUGGACACGUUCGAGAAAGGGAGAUCUAACUUUCUUGAAAACGGAUCAAUUUUCGAGUUCUCUUCUCAAGUUUGGAAAAAAGAUUGCGAAGAUGAGAUAGAGAGAUACAAAAUGAUCAAGGAUCUUCGAGACCAUAUCGUGUCUGCUUCGCGAAAAACGCCGUCUCAACAAGGCUUUUCUAGUCCAACUAAGAAUUGGAGCCAACAGAAUUUGCCUCCUAGUGAUGCUGAUAGAGUGAUUAAUGAAGCAUUUGCUGUUUUGCAAGGAGCAAAUUGAAGAAAUUCUUGAAUUUAUUGGCUCUACUUCUGCAGUUUGAUACAUUAUUUUACAUAAUUAAAUGGAAAUAUUUUUUGCUGUUUUUUUGUCUGAAAUCAAUAGUUAAACAUCUAAGGUUAAUACAAUUUUGUGGUUUGCCCCUUUGUAUGUCAUAUAAAACUGUACAAAUUUUUGCUACUCUUCUUUUGGUAACAAAGAUGCUAUAUAAGUAUAUUACUAUCUUGUGAACAUUUUCAUCUCAA